GAGAAUGGCGGCGGCGGAGUCAGGUUUCGCCUGCCUUGGCACAUAGAGCAACCAGCGCAGCUGUGCGUCGUCGUGUCGUGUCGGUAGUGUGCGUCGCGAUACGGACGACGCGAUGCCAUGAUCCGCGCCGUGCCGCAGGUGCGGUGGUUGCGCUCCCAGUCCGCCGACCGUCCGCCCCCGGACCCCGGGCCCCGGCCCCCCUUCGGCCGCUGGUACGCCGCACCCGACUUCGCCUACCUCUACAAUAGGGGGGCCCGGGUGUGGGUGCCCUGCGCCGAGCAAGUCUGGGUGGGCGCCGAGGUCCAGCAAGACUACAAAGGAGGCACCCUCGUCAUCCGCACUGAACAGGGAAAAGAGCAAGUUUUGACGAUCAAGGAUGACAAGGAUUUGCCUCCGUUGCGAAAUCCAGAUAUUCUAAUAGGCGAGAACGACCUGACCUCGCUUUCCUACCUCCAUGAGCCGGCUGUCCUAUACAACUUGAAAUUCCGCUUUUGCAAUCAAAAUGCCAUCUACACGUAUUGCGGAAUUGUGCUGGUUGCGAUCAACCCUUACCACGAGCUGCCAAUUUAUGGACCGGACACGAUCUGGGCGUACCGCGGACAGGCGCUUGGCGACCUUGACCCGCACAUCUUUGCUGUGGCUGAAGAAGCGUACACAAAGCUUGAACGCGAAUCGCACGACCAGUCCAUCAUCGUGUCUGGAGAAUCAGGUGCUGGCAAAACUGUCUCUGCCAAAUAUGCUAUGCGCUACUUCGCCACUGUUGGCGGCGCCGCCAGCGAGACCCAAGUGGAGAAGAAGGUGCUUGCUUCCAACCCCAUCAUGGAGGCGAUUGGCAAUGCAAAAACUACGCGCAAUGACAACAGCAGUCGUUUUGGAAAGUUCAUUGAGAUUCACUUCGACAAGAGGCACCAAAUCCAGGGCGCCAGUAUGCGAACCUAUCUUCUGGAGAAGUCGCGUGUUGUCUUUCAAGCCCCUGGUGAACGGAACUACCACAUUUUCUACCAGCUCUGUGCCGCCCGCAAAAGUUGUCCAUUGCUGUCCGAUUUGAGUCUUGGUGAUUGUGACGUCUUUCGAUUCACCAAUCAGGGAGAAGAUCCUCGCAUACAAGGUGUAGACGAUGCUCAGGCUUUUGACGAGACACGCACCGCGCUGUCACUGCUUGGUCUUGAGGAGCAGACGCAGUUGCGCAUGUUCCGCGUGCUGGCCGCACUGCUGCACCUGGGCAACGUGCGGAUCGUCGAGGUGAACGAGGGUGAAAGCAAGGUGGCCAACGAUGACCGCCACCUUACGCUGGCGUGCGCCCUGCUCAGCGUAGACGUCAAAGCGCUGCGGCGAUGGCUGUGUACUCGGCGUAUCGUCAGCAUGCGCGAUGAGAUCAUGAAGGCGAUGCCCGUGCAGGAGGCAGCUGCCGCCAGGGACGCCCUGGCCAAGCACGUGUACGCGCAGUUGUUUAGCUGGAUCGUGCGGCAGAUCAACCGCGAGUUGGAGAACACGGGCCGCGGCCAGCGCUUCAUCGGCGUGCUCGACAUCUACGGGUUUGAGACCUUUGAGAUCAAUUCUUUUGAGCAAUUCUGCAUCAACUACGCGAACGAGAAGCUGCAGCAGCAGUUCAACCAGCACGUAUUCAAGCUGGAACAGGAAGAAUAUCUCAAGGAGGAGAUACAGUGGAACUUGAUUGACUUUUACGACAACCAGCCGUGCAUCGACCUCAUUGAGGCAAAACUUGGCAUCCUUGACCUUCUUGACGAGGAGUGCAGGAUGCCAAAGGGUUCAGAUAGUUCCUGGGCUGAGAAACUGUACGAGCGGUGCUCGAAGAGUAAGCAUUUUGCCAAACCGCGCUUCGGCACGCGUGCAUACAUCAUCCACCACUUCGCCGACGAGGUCGAGUACCAGAGCCAAGGAUUCCUAGACAAAAACCGUGACACUGUGAUUGAAGAGCAAAUAGAAGUUCUACGCCAAAGCUCAGAUGAGCUGGUCAGAAAACUAUUUUUGGAUGAACCGCCUGUUUCAAAAACCCCUGGUGUAAAAAUCAAAGUUUUACCCACCACAGGAACAGCUACCAAGCAACACAAAAAGACGGUGGGCUCGCAAUUCCGUGACUCCUUGAAUAUGCUGAUGACGACACUGAACGAGACAACGCCCCACUACGUUCGCUGCAUCAAACCAAAUGACUCAAAAACCCAAUUUGAGUACAAUCCAAAGCGGGCCGUCCAGCAGUUACGUGCGUGCGGCGUGCUCGAGACAAUUCGCAUCAGCGCCGCUGGUUACCCCUCACGCUGGACAUACACUGAGUUCUUCCAGCGCUACCGCGUACUUUGCCGCUCUUCAGACGUAGACCGUGCCAACAUGCAACGCACAUGUGAACACAUUUUGAAAAGACAGGAAGUUAAGAAUCUUCAGUUAAAGUAUAGUGAUGAUUUGCUCCAAAGAAAAACCUAUGGAACUGUAUAUUCCAGCAACAAGGUGAUAAAAGACGAGGACCACUGCUGCUUUGGCAAGACCAAGAUCUUCUUCCGUGCUGGCCAGGUGGCGUACCUUGAGAAGUUGCGUGCCGAUCGUCUCCGUGCGUGCUGCCUGACGAUGCAGCGCACAGUGCGUGGAUGGCUGCAGCGUCGACGGUACACGGUCAUCCGCCGCGCCGUGCUUGGCCUGCAGACGCGCGCCAGGGGCGUGCUGGCGCGCAGGCGAACACAGAACGAACGCGAACGGCGUGCCGCCAUCCGCAUUCAACGGCAUGUACGCGGCUGGACGGCACGUAGGCGCUACCAGGCCGUGCGUCACGCCGCUCUGGGGCUGCAGACACGUGCCCGCGGAGUACUGGCGCGUCGGCGCCACACCGCGCUGCGCCGCAACGCCAAGGCUGUGAUCAUCCAGCGGUGGGUGCGUGGCUGGCUGGCCAGACGUCGCUACCAGGAAGAGAAGAAGCGGCUGGUGCUGGCGCAGAGCGUCAUCAGGCGCUUCCUGGCACGCAGGCGGCUGCGAAAGCUCAAGCAGGAGGCGCGCUCAGUGGAGCAUGUGAAGAAGCUCAACAAGGGUCUAGAGAACAAGAUCAUCUCGCUGCAGCAGCGUAUCGAAGAACUGCAAAAGGUUAACCUGAAGAUGAAGAACGCGGAGAGUGACAUCACCAUCACGAAACAGCAGCUGGAGAAGCUCAAGGCAGCCGAGGCGAUCGGCAGGAAGCUGACCGAGCGCGUUGCUGAACUGGAGGAGGAGUUGCGCAUCGCAAAGGAGCAGCUCAGGAAUGAAAUCGACGAUAAGGUGGAUCUCACUAAUGCAGCAGCUAAGAAAGAAAAGGAAUAUAUCCAGCAAUUGGAGAACGUAAACAAACACAAUCAGGGACUCAAACAGGCUGUGGAACAACUGAAUGAACGACUGAAGUCUGCAGAGAAAGCUGUCAGAGAGGAGUCGAAGAUGCAGUCAGAGAAGGAGAAAGCGAUGCUGAUCCAGGAACAGGACGAGGAGCGCAUGGCGUACCAGAAGCUGUUGGCGGACCACCAGGAGUUACAGAGCAGGUACGAGGCAGCGCUGAAACCUACCCCAGCGCCGCGUGGCCGCCGCCUGUCCAACGACGCUCCCGAGGAAGACUCCGGGUUGUGGGGUGCUGAUGAGGACGUAGGCCUUUUGCUCAAGCUUCAGCAGAAGGUGCGUGAGCUAGAGAGGGAGCGUGAGAGACAGCAGCAACAGCUUGAGCGGCUCGAGUCCAAAGGCGCCGACAUCACCACCAGCCUUGAUGGCUCGGACGAGUUGACACGUGCUAAGGACGUGUUCCGCCUGCAGGAGCUGGAGAUGGAGAACGAAAAGAUCCGCGCCAACAUGACAGCCCUGAAAAAUGCCGCUGCUGAUAAGGAUGGUUCUGGCAUUGCUCGAGAAUUGUCGCGGCAAACAGAUGCGCUUACGGAGGAGUUGGUGCGUCGACGCGAGGAGUGCAUCCAGCUGCGCUGCGUGCUGGCCUCGCAAACGCAGACCCUUGAAUACGGUAACGAGAAGGAGUUGAUUAAUGAGGAUGGCGAGCUGGUGAUGGCCCUGGAAGCGCAGAAGAAGAUCAACCGGCAGCUGGAAAAUGAGCUGCAAGCUCAGCUGAAACGGCACGAGCAGCGCGAAAUCGAGUGGCGCGUCGAGGAGGAGCGGCUGCGAGAGGAGAACGCUGCCCAGCAACGCAUCCUCGCGCUUGGACUCAGCGAGAGCCCGCAGUCGCAGGCUGAAGCGUACAUGCAGCACGAGAUCAAGAGACUCACAACAGAGAAUUUGGAUCUACAGGAAAAGUGCGACAGUUUAAUGGAUCAAAUGAGAAAACUGCGAAAGACAGGCAAAGUUCGAAAACGCGACGAUACGCUGCCGAUCGCGAGGCAGCAGGAGCGGCAAGAAACAACGUCACCUCAGCCUCCUGUUCCCGUCAUGCGAAAGAAGGAGCGUGAAUACAUGGGCAUGUUUGAGUACCAGUCAGGAGAUGAGAACCUUGUCAUCAGGAAACUUAUAUAUGAACUGAAGCCGAAGGUGGCGAUGACGCUUUUGCCCGGCCUGCCAGCCUAUAUUCUCUUCAUGUGCAUUAGACACACGGACUACAUUGACGACGAUGAGAAAGUGCGAACCUUGCUCACGGCGGCCAUCAACGGCCUGCGCAAAGUGAUCAAAAAGCGCAACGACGACUUGGACACGCACGUUCUGUGGCUUUGCAACACGCUGCGUUUGCUGCACACCCUCAAGCAGUACAGCGGUGACAAGGCGUUCCAGGCGGAAAACACACCGGCGCAGAAUGAACAAUGUCUCCGCAACUUUGACCUCUCGCAAUACAGACAGGUUUUGAGCGACAUAGCAAUCUGCAUCUACCAAGGGCUGAUGAAGCACUUGGAAAGCCGUGUGCAGCCGCUGGUGCAGCCUGGUAUCUUGGAGCACGAAGCCAUCACUGGCCUUUCAGCGAACCGACCUGCUGGCAUGCGUAACCGUUCGGAGCCACUAUCACCAGUAGGAGCAGCUUCCGACGGCCGCCUGGGCCUCAAUUCGCUGCUCGACGAGCUGAGUUUUGUGCACCGAACGCUGAUUUUGCAUGGCGCAGAUCCAGAGGUGCUCACCCAGAUCUUGAGGCAACUCUUCUACUUCAUUUGCGCCGCUGCCCUAAACACGCUGCUCCUGCGCAAGGACCUUUGCCACUGGUCCAAGGGCAUGCAAAUCAGGUACAACAUUAGCCAUUUGGAGCAGUGGUUGCGAGACCACCGGGUGACAGACAAGAGCGUGGUGGACACCCUGCAGCCCGUCAUCCAGGCGUCGCAGCUGCUGCAAGCGCGAAAGACUGAGAAUGACGUCGUCGCCGUUUGCGAAAUGUGCGACAAGCUCUCGGUUUUCCAGAUUAUAAAGAUCCUGAAUUUGUACACGCCCGCGGACGAGUAUGAAGAAAGGGUGCCAGCCUCGUUCAUCAGGCAAAUCCAAGAACGUCUGGGAGAGCGAGCCGAGUCUCAGGGACAGGUGAGCCUUUAUCCUGCCGUUCAGAUUGGUCAGUUAUCCAAUUCUCAUCACAAACAGGCCACAUUGUUGAUGGACUCAAAGUUCAGCUUCCCAGUGCGCUUCCCGUUCAACCCGUCGAAUAUCCGGCUGGAAGACGUCGAAGUGCCUGAUGUGCUGAAUUUGCCAAUGUUGCGCAAAGUGUAGCGCUUCAUCCGACUAGAUAAAUCAUUCCCGCCUUUUUGUUAAGUUUUAAGAGAGAGAAUCAUAUAUUGAGAGAAAUCAUGUUGAUUGUUAACAAGAAGAGCAAGAAGAAUAUAUAUAAAACUGUUUUCCUCGGUUGUGCAGACCCAAAAAGUGAAACUGCCUUUCUAUCCAAUAACAUAGUCCCAAGCUGAAGUUGAAAGAGUCGCAUAUAUUUAAAUGUUCGCAGGUAAGAAGAAGGAGUUGAUGCUCAAUGUAUCCACAAUAACCUAUAUAGAAAACACGUGCAAUUGUACCAUUUAAACUUGAUGUAGACGAACACACUGUUGCUGCAAAGAGGAAUAUAUCGCAAUGAACAAAAAGCCUAAUUGAAGACAAUAGACUUUAUUAAGUAAUGCUUAAAUAUAUAUAGUAUAUUCAUAAAUAAGAUCAAUUUCUCGAAAAGAGAUUUCACUUUCAUCUUUUUGUUUUGUGAUAUUGCUGCUUUCCAUAUUUUCGCGUCCAUUUUUUUCCUUAAAUUAAUCUCAUCAGAGCUGUUUCUAAAGCACUUGUCAUUAUUGUCAUGACGAUAUCAUUAUUGUGAGUGUGAGAGUGUUAUACUUAAUUAUUGUUUAUUAUCUCUCCAUCUGUGUAUUUCUGAUUUUGAGUCUUUCUAAUAAGUUACAGUUAUUUACACAGCA